AACUAAAUCUCAACAUCAACCACCACUCUCACCCUUCUCGCGUGUCACCUACGCAACCCCAAAUCAUCGUCCACCUGACGUGGCCCACACCUGGUCAACACGCCACGCCUUUAACGCGCGUGGCUAAUCCUUGCCCUAAUCGCCUGCAAACUUCCCCCUCUAUAUCGAACCACCAUCAUCAUGCUUCAUCGUCUUCAUCUCCGAUCCUUGUUUUCCGAUCGAAAAUUAUCGACAUCUCAUUCGUCCUUCCUCCGUUGAUGCGCGAUUUUGAUCUUAUUGAGUGAAAAAUGGAUCCUAUGGAUAUUGUUGGCAAGACAAAAGAGGAUGCUUCUCUCCCAAAAGCUACUAUGACUAAGAUAAUUAAGGAAAUGUUACCUCCCGACGUACGCGUUGCAAGAGAUACUCAAGAUCUAUUGAUCGACUGUUGUGUCGAGUUCAUCAAUCUGGUUUCGUCAGAGUCAAAUGAAGUGUGUAGCAAAGAAGAUCGUAAAACAAUUGCACCAGAGCAUGUACUCAAGGCAUUACAGGUUCUCGGUUUUGGGGAAUACAUAGAAGAUGUUUAUGCUGCAUACGAACAACACAAACUCGAAACAAUGGACCCCGUGAGAGGUGGAAAGUGCGCGAAUGUAAGAGAGAUGACAGAAGAAGAAGCGGCGGCAGAGCAGCAGCGGAUGUUUGCAGAAGCACGAGCUAGAAUGAAUGGCGUUGCCCCCACCGUAUCCGUAACCAAACCACCAGAAGUGGAUCCUUGUUUGGAAGCCAACUCUUAGUUAAUUGUAAAUAGGUAAUUAACCUUUGUUAAUCUUUUCUUAAUCAUGUACAAAGUCUGCUGCUAGGCUUAGUUAUCACUUAUCAGUUCGAAUGUUAGUUUUUUUUUUUCUGUUUUGUCUAUAUGUUUUGGUGUAAGUAGUAAGAUUUUAGUUGGUAGAUUAGGAUUUUUUUAACUAAUAAUUUGAUGUAGAAUUUUUGUUGGUUUUUAUAUGUAUUGUAAAUCCAGGUUAAAAUGGAAACUA